UUUACAUACCAGUAAUGGUUUUUUUUUUUCUUUUUUUUUUUUACUACGACUCUUAAAGCCUUCCCCACUGCAAGCACUCUAAGUGUGCCUUCUUAUCAUGUACUUUUGGAGUGUUGAUUUGUCUAGUGCAUCCGUUAGCUUCAUUGGGUUAUCAAAAUUUGAGGUUUCUGAUCCUCCUGUUAAACUGAUUAGUACCACAAGAUAAUUUUGUCUUACGGUUGUGUUGUCUGUCAUACGAGGUUGAACUUUUUCCAGGUUUCUGCCUCCUGUCUCCGGGCACGUUUGGGAUCUGGGUUUUCUUCACUGUCACUUUCUUCUCUGGGGUUUUCUACUUGUCCGCUAGGAUUUACCACCAACUAAAAGGUACUGCAUUUUGAGACACAUGAAGGUAUUUCUACAGCGAACAAAUAUAAUUAACUACGUUUAAGCUACGAAGAAAAUCAGAAGAAAGGGAUAUAGACAAUAAUAUAGUCUAAAACCCUAUAAAAAGAAGACGAAGAAGGAGAAAGUACCAUAAACCAGAUAAACGAAAAGAAACAGACAGACUAAAUACUAGACCUGUAUAACCAGCGACAAUGUUCUCGGACUUAGACUUCCUCAAUUAUGAGUACAACAUGAACCACAGGCAUCGAGGACACUGCGUUAUCUUUAAUCAAGAACACUUUGACCCAUCUUUAUCUAUACCGACCAGAAGCAAUUCUUCCCGCGAUGUGGAUAUGACGAUGGCCCUGUUCAAGGACCUAGGUUUCAUAGUGAGAGUCCACAUUGACUUGCGGGUGGAAGGGAUCAAAGACAUCCUCGAGGACCUUGCCUUUGACACAAACCACCAUGACUGUGAUGCCCUGGUAAUAGUGUUUAUGUCAUCUGGAGACCAAGGUAUAUUAUUUGCUAAGGAUGGAGAAUUUAAAACUAAAAUGCUCUUUGAAUACUUUGAUGGAGAUCAAUGUGAAGCUCUGGUGGGAAAACCCAAACUAUUCUUUAUACAGGGAGAUCGAGGUGAUAACUUUGAGAAUGGAGUAAAGCUGCGGGAGACAAGGAUUCAGAACCCCAAAGAAGAGGCCGUUACCAAAUCAUCAAAGCACGUGGGGGCAAAAAGUCCCUCGGGUGGACAUCAGUUGAGUCACAGUUCCAGCGCAAAAAAGGAGGAUUUAUAUCUUAGCUCUCUGGCUGACUUCCUGAUAUGCUGGUCUACUACAGAUGGUUACUUUUCUUGGCGUAAUACCACCUCCGGCUCGUGGUUCAUUCAGGCCUUGGCGCACGUUAUGGCAAGGGACAGUAGCAGCGAUGACUUGUGCGCCAUGAUGGUCGGCGUCGCUCGCCACGUGAUGAGACACAAGUCCAAUUGUCCAGCGCAUGAAUCGAAAAAACAGAUGCCUCUCUUUACUUCGACUCUGAGGAAAAAAUUGUUUUUAUACCCGAAGCCAACGUACCCAGAAAUAGAGGCAGCAGUGGAAUAAUAAUAAAAAGGAAGAAAAAAAUGACGGAAAGGAAGAAGGAAAUACAAAACGAGCCAGCUUGCGGGAGUCGGAAGAAUGAGGAGAAAAAGAGAUGACGAAGAUGGAGAGGAAGAUAAUGAGGAAGUUGCAGGUACAAGUUAGUACUGAACCCGUGGCGGCCAUGAUGCCCCUUAGCAGCACUGUGCCCUCGGGAAAAAGUAAUCACUGACAAAAUCAUCAACUCUCUGGAUGUGGUUGGGGGGGAGG